UUAUUAUACUUAACAUCAAGUUUAUUAUGACUUUACUGUUGGGGUCAGUGUUGGCACCGAUUUGCCAGACAUACGAGUGGUGUCUCAUAGGACUCAUUGUGGCGGUGAUCGCCUAUUACUACAUUACGUGGAGGAAUGCCUUCAACUAUUGGAAGGAUCGACACAUUUGUGGUCCAAAACCCAUACCUAUAUUCGGAAACACAAUGAGUCUUAUAUUCAAAUCAAAACUAUUAGUGGAGUUGGAGUGGUAUAACACAUACGGCAAAGUGUAUGGGGUCUUCUAUAAGGGUAAGCCUUGCCUAACAGUGGCCGACCCGGAGCUCAUCAAACAAAUUCUGGUCAAAGAUUUCCAUUCAUUUCGUAACCGACGGACACCUGCCAGCCGUCACUCCGUGUUCUCCAAAAUCAUGUUCAAUGCCAGGGAUGACGACUGGAAGCGGGUCCGGGCGAUAGCCAGCUCUACCUUCACGUCUGGAAAGAUGAAGAAAAUGUAUGGUCUUAUCAACCAUUGCUGCGAAGACUUUCUGAAUAACUUGGAUAAGGAUGUGUCGAAAGGUAUGAAUGAAGUCGAGUUGAAGCAACUGAUGGGCGCCUACACUAUGGAUGUGAUCGCCAGC